AGCUACACAGGACUAUAAAUGAAGAUGAGUCUGUGCGGUGGUUUCCCAUGGACCAGGCAAUUGUGGGUGGAUUUGAUGUGAAUUCUCACGGUAACGUUAAAUUGACGACAAUAGACGGGCGGUAGCUGUUCGGCAUCACACAGGCAGGGAGGUGGCAUCCCUGCCGGCAUAUGGCAUGCAAGUUGUAAUUUACGGAGGGAAAACGUCCUGCAAGCUAAAAAAAAAAUCGUUGAUACGUGCGCGAUUAAUGAUAAUGAUGGGUAAUUUCAACGUGUCUUGGGGCUCUUUGCGCAAACGUGUGCGCUCCUCUGCGGCGCGGCGCUUUCACUUCCCGUACUAUCUCCACCAGAUCUGGAGUUAAUUACAGGGAGGAUACAUCGUUUUACUAGUGUUGUUCAGUUGUCUGUCAUUCAUCUAUCGUGAUAUUGGAAAUGGCCGGGCUCACUAGCCUGUCUGCACCCGGCCGAGUAAGUUUCCAUUCACGCCUCGGUUUGUUGGCGUUGUGGCUCGUUUGCGUUGCUUCUGUCAACGUCUCGGCAAGUCACGAUGUGCCAAACAACGGGACGUCUGGAAACGCGAACACCGGUGCGAACGAAGACUCCGCUCACCAAACCAAUGUCACCCAUCACCAUAAAAAGGCUUUCCCUGUCCUGUCCUUUAACUACGACCACGUCAGGACGCCGUUUGAGAUCUCCCUUUGGAUCCUCCUGGCUCUGCUGAUGAAACUUGGUUUUCACAUUAUUCCCCGGGUGUCCAGCGUUGUCCCAGAGAGCUGUCUGCUGAUCGCCGUGGGCCUGCUUAUUGGUGGGCUCAUCAAGGCCGUCGGUGAGAAGGCUCCCGUGCUCGACUCCAAGCUCUUCUUCUUCUACCUGCUGCCGCCCAUCAUCCUCGAUGCCGGCUACUUCCUACCCAUCCGGCCCUUCACAGAGAACAUGGGCACCAUCCUGGUGUUUGCUGUGGUGGGCACCCUGUGGAACAGCUUCUUCAUGGGGGGCAUGAUGUAUGCAGUGUGUCAGGUUAGUGGAGCUGAGCUGGCCAGCGUGGACCUGCUGUCCUGUCUGCUGUUCGGCUCCAUCAUCUCGGCUGUGGAUCCUGUUGCCGUCCUAGCCGUGUUCGAGGAGAUCCAUAUCAACGAGCUUCUUCACAUCCUGGUGUUUGGAGAGUCUCUCCUCAAUGACGCUGUCACUGUGGUUCUGUACCACCUGUUUGAGGAGUUCACCCACGCUGGCUCGGUCACUGUGGGCGACGCCUUCCUGGGCGUGGUGUGUUUCUUCGUGGUCUCCCUGGGCGGCAUCUUGGUUGGAGCCAUCUACGGCCUCCUGGGCGCCUUCACCUCCCGCUUCACCUCGCACACCCGUGUCAUCGAGCCCCUCUUCGUUUUCCUCUACAGCUACAUGGCUUAUCUCUCUGCAGAGGUCUUCCAUCUCUCGGGCAUCAUGUCGUUAAUUGCCUGUGGGGUGAUGAUGAGGCCAUACGUGGAGGCCAACAUAUCCCACAAAUCCUAUACCACCAUCAAGUACUUCCUGAAGAUGUGGAGCAGCGUGAGCGAGACACUCAUCUUCAUCUUCCUGGGUGUGUCCACGAUGGCCGGUCCCCACGCCUGGAACUGGACCUUUGUGGUGUUGACCGUCAUCCUCUGCCUCGUGUCACGAGUGUUAGGGGUGGUUGGCCUCACCUACAUCAUAAACAAAUUCCGCAUUGUAAAGCUGACCAAAAAGGACCAGUUCAUUGUGGCCUAUGGUGGCCUGCGAGGUGCAAUAGCUUUCUCCUUGGGGUUUUUACUGACCGAUCACAAAAUGAAGGACAUGUUCCUCACUGCCAUCAUCACAGUCAUCUUCUUCACUGUCUUUGUACAGGGGAUGACAAUCCGACCUCUGGUCGACCUUCUGGAGGUCAAGAAGAAGAAGGAGAGCAAGCGUUCAAUUAAUGAGGAGAUCCACACGCAGUUCCUGGACCUUCUCCUGACUGGAAUUGAAGGCAUAUGUGGUCAUUAUGGACACCAUCACUGGAAAGACAAACUCAACCGCUUCAACAAGGCCUAUGUGAAGAAGUUGCUGAUCGCGGGGGAGCGCUCCACAGAGCCCCAGCUCAUCUCCUUCUACAACAAGAUGGAGAUGAAGCAGGCCAUCAUGCUUGUGGAGAGCGGGAGUGCCACCAAGCUGCCUGCUGUUGCUGCUGCCAUGCAAAACAUCCACCCUCAGCCUAGGGUCCAGCGCAGAGGACGUAUGAUACCAAAGAUCUCAAAGGGACGUGAAGAAGAGAUCAGGAAGAUCCUCAGGACCAACCUGCAGAAGACCGGACAAAGGUUGCGCUCCUACAGCAGACAUGAUCUAUUUAUCGACCCAUUUGAGGAAGAUGUGAGUGAGAUUCGCUUCAGAAAGCAGAGGGUGGCGAUGGAGAGGAGGAUGAGUCAUUACCUCACAGUUCCAGCUAACCGCCAGGAAACGCCCCCAGUGAGGAGAGUCCGCUUUGAAUCAGACCACCAGGUGUACGGCUCCAGCGAUGAUGUCCGCAAGGUGCCCGGUGUCCAUGGGGUCCGGUCAAUUCUCGACCCCUCAGAAUCCAUCAACGUAUUGGAUGAAUCCUCCCAGAGGCCAGGUCAGAAGAGCCAAGGCGGUGCCAAAGCGGACACAAAAGCGACGGCUAAGGCAGAAGACAACCAGGAAGAGCAAGACCAACUGAAGUUUCUACGAUGCCUUAGCGACCCUGGUCCCAAUAAGGAUGAUGAGGAGGAUGGCUCCUUCCUGUCAUGAUGAAGCACAGCCAAGGGGACAGUGGUCAGUAUGUUCACCUCUGUUCACGAUCCUCUUUUAAUCAGCCGUAUUCAGUGAAUAAAAGUACUGCGGCCUGAGUGAAAAUUACACAAAAGCUUUGUAUUUAUAAUUUAUAUAAGUGACAUUGUUUUUGAUAUUUUUGUGAUAUAAGAUGUAAAUGAUUUGCCACUGUUUUGCAUACACAGGUUAGUUUUCUUUUUUUACCGUGAAAUAUAUAGCCAAAGCAUGCGUCACUUGUUCCUUGCAAAACCUGACUGACGGCGGUCAGUUUUGACAGAGGUCGUGAUGUGACCUCCAUCAAAAUGAAGAGAGCUGCGUAUAAGCAUUCAUUAUGUGUCUAAAUGAGCAGACGUGCACAAGCCGAAUGGCACUUACAAAUCAUUCUCUGCAUUCGUAUCAACCUACUCAGAGAGCCGGAUGGGUGCCCUCCCACAUGCAUACAACACCAAGAACAUUAGAUGCACAGCAUCACUAAUCAAAUUAGUGUACUUUCCUAGCACAGUGGGUCUCCAAAUGCCGUGAGCCCGACCCCAUCCGGGACUCGGAAAAUUAAAACGGGCUGAGUAUUUUUUUGUUUUUUUUGUUUGUUUUUUUUUGCUGGAAAUGCUGUUUGACUCAGAUUUGUGAACAAGGUUUGCACUCGAUUUUAUUUCUCAUUUACAACAUCUCUGCAUGAAGAAUGUUUUUUCUCAGGGGCUGCUAUAGAGAAAAGUCUGUUUGCAAAAAAAAAAAAAGAACUUAUGGGAAAGAGAGGUUUCAUUCAGUAGUGCUAGCCACUUUAAUCCACAAACAACGCUUGAAUGAAAUAAGCUAAAACUUUUUUCAUCGGCCAGUAACGUGAAUAACUUGCACAAGAUAACCUCCCGUCAGAAAUGGUUAUGUCGCUUCUUCAUAAAGAAGAGACGCAACUCUUUUUGGAGUUGGUCUUUCUGUGUUGCUUUUGUGUUUAGUGUUCAGCAUUUGACCACCAUUAACACUUUGAGGUGGUUCAGGAAGGUUAUAAAGUGUUAAUCCCAAUGCACAAUAAAAUGAAUUGCUCCUGUUAUGCCUACCAACAGUAAUGCACAUGCCUAUAAGCUUUCCCUAACCAGAUAUUUGCCUUCAAAUUUAUUUCUCUUAGUGUGCCAAGUAAAGUAUUUUUGUAUGUUUAAAAAAGAAAUGUAGAAACUGAAAAUAAAUAUUUGUAAAACAAUGAAAAGCUUCCAUUUGUGUAUUUGAAAUAA